AUGGUUGUGAUAGGUUUCCAAGAUGGCAAAGGCGGACAGCUGCGUUACACGUUGCAGGAUCUUGUAGGCGGACGCCGACUGCAAAUCGAGCCUGUUGGCGAUUCCGGCCUGCAGAAAUGGUUCUGGUACGAGGGCAACCAAAAGCUGGAGAGGCUCGUAGCGAAAGAUGUUUCGGCUACGGCUGUCUCAACGGAUGACUCGGCCACUUAUACAGACAAGUUCCCACCCAAUGGCGGUAUAGGUUGGCGAGCUUUCGCACGAUGGACAUGGCUUCCUGCUGCGGGGUCAGAGGACGAGUUACUCUUCCCUAAGGGCGCUGAGAUCCGGGAGGUUGAGGAUGUGAACGGGGAAUGGUUCCAUGGCGUCUACAUGGGCGCUAAGGGACUAUUCCCUUCUCCAUACGAGUUUCUAGGGUAA